AUAUUUUGUAUUUUGUAUGAAGAAAUUGGUUUGCACCUAAUACGUUUUUAUUAAAAAAUGAAAAAAAAUUAAGGGCUUGUACGGUUAAUCCCUUGACAAGAGGAUUGGGAUUGGAGCAAGACCUUUCAGAUCCCCUCCAAACCGGACAAGCCCUAACGACGCAUAGCUGCCCCUGCCGCCGGCUCCCGUCAUCAUGGCCGCCGCGCACGGGCACUCCCUGACGGACCACGAGAUCGCCGAGAUCCUCGCCCGCCUGCCGCCCCGCUGCAUCGCCCGGUCCCGCGCCGUGUGCAGGGCCUGGAACGCCAUCGCCUCCCACCCGAGCGUCGAGCGCGUCCUCGCGGAGCGCCCGGCCGCCGUCACCGCGGUCAUGAAGUACGCCACCAGAUGGAUCGAGGAUGACGAGGACCCGCACGAGCCCGUCGACGACGUCCGGGUCGACCGCUUCCGCGGCCGCUGGCACCCCGACGUCCACAGCACAGAUUCAUCCCUCCGGGCCUUCUCCCUCGACGGCAUGACCAUCUCCGCCGAGGACUUCCGCUCCUGGGACGGGGUCCUCUGUACGCGAGUCUUCCCGCUGAACCCGGAGCCCGACGCCGUCACCUACUACGUGCUCUGGAACCCGCUCACCAAGGCCUGCGCCGUCGUCUCGGGCCCCGCCGCUCAAGGCCGGCUCAUCGGCGGCUACGCCCAUCCGGCGACCGGGCGCUUCCACCUGCUCCACUCCUCCGACGUGGCCGUGCCCGGCUCCGGCGGCCGCGGCCGGCUCCGGCGGCCGCGGCCUGGUGUCCCCGAUCACCUUCCGGGUCCUAGGGGUCGGUGACGGCGGCACUGGUUGGCGCGAGGUUCCCCUCCCCAAGUCCAAGACGAUUUCCAUGAGGGGCGAGGGGGAUCGUUCGGUCAGCGCGCACGGCAACCUGCACUGGCUUGUGCAGCCGGGCUCCGGGAAGGCGGCGGCGCUGCUCGUGUUCGGCACGGCGCGGGAGAAGUUCCGGUUCAUGGCGGCGCAGGAGCGGCCGGGGGGGCUGGACCCGGCGACGGCGCGGCUGCGCGUGGCGCCCGGCGGCGAGCUCUGCGUCCUGGCCCUCACCCAGCAGCCGCCCAAGGCCCUGGAGGUGUGGGUGCUGGACGAAUAUUCCGACUCCCGGAGCUGGCGGCUCAGGGAGAGGAUCGGGAUGGUCCGGCCGGACGACGGCGUCGACCUGUCGCCGAGGUUCGCCGCGGCCGCCGCCGUGGAGGUCGUGGAGGGCGAGGAGGUGUUCAUCCAAUCCGGACAUGGGAUCGACGCGUACGGCGUCCGGGGCGAGGCGUGGCGCAAGGCGGCCAUCGGCCCGCGCUACGCUGCCCUGCUCAUGCACAGGGAGAGCGUCGUGCAGCCUGAGAUGAGCUUUGGACGGGAGGCUUUGCGCGGGUAUCGCCUCGGUAGAGCUUCAGUAUGCCGCACUUCUUGGAAUCGCCGAAAAGGUCGUUAUACUCCUACUAACAUCCCACUGCAGUGGUCUGAUAUAACUCUCUAGCUAAGUACUCCCUCCGUUAUAAAUUAUACAUUAUCUUAGUUUUUCUAGAUACAUAGAGUUUGCUAUGUAGUACUUAAAUAUUUCAUUCUCUGUGAGCUCCUGCUUAGUUGUUUCUUUACCGAUGCCUGCCUUUCUUCUUCUAUUGCGGCUGAGUUGCAUCUUCUCUCGGAAACGAAAUCGAUGAUCAUUCGCCAAAGCACUAAAGUCAUAAUGCAAGUCAUAGAAACAGCUGAUUAAACACAACAGCAAAACCAAGUCGUCGAUUGAAAUUUGACGCCCACUUCAAGCUCUACUUGUCAAGCUUUGGUCCUCGGAUCCGGCGAGGUUAGGGUUAUUUAGGCGAUUAUGCAGGAUGGGAUUUUCAUUGGGGACUUCUUUUGAGGAUCUGAACUGUUUCCAACAAUUGUGUAUAAAUUUCUUGACUUAUGCCUCUGUUUUGCAUCGAAAUGAUAUCUAGGUCAAUUCUAGGGUACCAGCCGUACCCCCUUGAUAUCUAUUCACUACACAUGAUGCAAAUGAGAAUCAAAAUGAUGACUACAUUAGCCUUUUGGAAGAUGGUCCUGUGACAGCAGGGUAGAGAAAGAAACUUGAACUGCGAAAAAAAAAACAAAUGGAAUCACCUCCCGGCCGGGAACUGCAAGGACUCGCAUCAUCUUCCUAAUUUCUCACCACGAGAAGCUCGAGAUCGUUUACUUAUAGACGAAAACGUACGUAAUAAUAAGCCAUAUAUAGUAGAAGGAACAAGAACGUGUGCCCUCCUGAUGAAUUCGAUCAAUCAAUAUAUCGAAGUCGAUCGCAAGCAAAGCAAGUCCCGGGCGCCGCCGCCUGUUGAAUUCUCUAUUCCCAUCAGGGCGGCGCACGGGCUCUCCCUGCUGCCGGACGACGUGGUCGCCGACAUCCUCGCCCGCCUGCCGCCCGGACGACAAGCAAAGCAAGAGAUGAAAGAUAUGGACGAAUUACGCAAAAUUUAGGUUAAAUAAAAAACUGUACAAAAUUAGAUAGUUAGUUAUACAACGUUCAUAAAUGAAUCUGCAACCAUCAACUAUACUAUUUUUUUUCUUUUUGCACAAAUAUUUGUUCAACCUCAAACUUUGCAUGAACUUAGAUGUGAAAUGCUAAUUUGGGUGCUGCUACCCAUCGAUUAUUAAAUGAACUUUUCAUGCACAUUUGGGGUGCUACCCGAUACAAGUAGCAUGCGACAGUUGCACAGUAGGUGCCUAACGUGCAUUAGCACCAAACCUUUCUUGUUUCCGCCAAAGGCAUUCUAUUCUCAUUCAAUUAACUUCAUAUUAUUACUACAAUGCCUCUUUUAUAAAUUUCUUGCAAAACCUCCAUAAGUUCACAAAACUAUUCUUCUCAUUCAAUUAAGUUCAUAGUAGUGUUACAAUGCUUCUCUUUUGCAUAACAAUUAACAAGCACCGUGUUCCAGAAGAUGCAAAGCUCUAUAAUGCAACAUACUUAUAAUCAAAGGCAUGCACUGGGUAUCUCGUCAGCAAAAACCACAAUCGUGGCACAAGAUGACCUGGUGUAAUGAACCUUUGUAGCUUGCUAUUUUUCUCCUGGCAAUCUUUAGGAUUUCAGACCACAGAUCGACCAUCACCUGUUAGCCAUUUAAAGAAUCCAUAAAUAUAAAUAGGUAUAUCAAGUUAAUUUUGCAUAUCGGUCUGAAUCAGUCCCAGGUGAUUCCACAAUUUCACCUAGCUAAUUAAAGCUCUAGAGAUACCCCAAAACUUAGUUGCAUCAAAAAUAUCUAAAUGCACAUCAAUCUGGACACAGGAUGAUUGUGAAUUCAUUAUCAAGAUAUAACAUGACCAUCAAAAUUGGUAUUUAGUUUACAUGAUGCAAAAUGAAAAAUAAAAAUCACAACUUACAUUAGCCGUAUGGAAGAUGGUCCUGUGACAGCAGCAACUUUCUGUGCCUUCUGUGUUUCAUAUUUAUACAAGCCUUUGAGCUCUUUCUUUGCUUUCCGCACUU